UCAUACAGCACUACCUCUACUACAACCCCACCACCUAAGUAAAACAUUUAAUGUAACCAUUCCCUAAUUCCCCCACCAUAGCUAAACAUGUAAUAUAACUUGUCUCAGAUGCCCUAGGGAUGACCCAAGCUCAGCGAGACAAGUUGAGCAUCAUACAGCACUACCUCUACUACAACCCCACUGUGCUCUACGCACCCAAUGGCACAGCUGCUGACAAAAUCAUUGAAAAAGCCAACACCACCAUAGCCUUUGUUGAUCUGAUCAGUAACUACGCCACCGUCUGGCUGAACAUUUCCCGCAGGAUGCACGCCUACCUGCACGAGGAGAAGACAGCUCGCAACUUGCAGCUGGUCAAAAAGGAAAAUAUGGAGUUUAGACACAGCAGAGAAAACAGCUCGUGGUAA